AUGGGUGGCUGUUUGCUUGCAGCCCUGCUGUGCUUGCAACAGAGGUGGGUUCUGCCCUGGGCCAUGCUCCUGCUUCUCGUAAGUUCUCAGCUCCAGGUGACUCAUAGCUGGACCUCUGAAGAUGAAAGGAAGAAUAAUGACCAAAAAGUCAUGGAAAGUUAUUUCCCUGCCACUGUGGAAUAUGCCUUACACAUAUUCAACCAGAAGAGCAAGGACAUGAAUGCCUACAGGCUGGCACGCAUCUUGAAUUCUUGGAAGGAGCAGGUAGAGACCAUGAUGGCUUUCUCCAUGGAGCUGGAGCUUCGCAGAACCAGAUGUGGGAAACUUGAUGAUGACAUUGACAAUUGCCCCUUUCAAGAAACCCCAGAGCUUAACAAUACCUUCACCUGCUUCUUCACCAUCAGCACAGAACCCUGGAAAACUAUGUUCCAACUCCUAAACAAGACCUGCCUGGAGGGGUUCCACUGA